CCCCCCCCCCCUCCUUUUCGCCGGGAAAGACGAUAUCUCCAUCCUCGCGACGUCCCUAGGUUCCGUUAUUUGACCCUCCCAAAAAAAGAAACAAAAAUCCGCAGCCAUGUCGCGUUUCUUCUACGGCGACAGCGACAGCGACAGCGAGAGCAGUGGCUCUGAGGUGGAGCUGUACGGCGAUGAGCACGAUGAGGAGGAGCAGUCCGAGGAGGAGGACGAGACUACUGAGGAGGAGGAUUCCGAGGGGGAAGAGUCCUCUGAUGAGGAGGGUGCUGGAAAAACCGGUGCUAGCCGUUUCAUUAAGGGCGGGGAGGAGAGCGAAGAAAGUGAAGAUGAGGAUGUGGUUAAGGUCGUGAAGAGUGCGAAGAACAAGAGGCUGGAGGAACUGGAGAGCACCAUCAAGCUGAUUGAGAAUGCCGAGAGAAUCAACGACUGGGCUGUUAUUUCGGCAGAGUUCGAUAAGCUUAACCGCCAGAUCGUCAAGGUCCUUCAGUCCGGCCCUGUUCCCAAGAUCUACAUUAAGAUCAUUGCGGACCUCGAAGAUUUCGUCAACGAGACCGUCACCAAGCAGAAGUCCUCCAAUAAGAAGAUGAACGCUAGCAGCGCCAAGGGUUUCAACGCCGUGAAGCAGAAGGUCAAGAAGAACAACAAGGACUACGCUACACAGGUCGAGAAGUACAGGGCGAACAAGGCGGACUACAUGGAGAGCGACGAUGAGGAGGAAAAGCCGGUUGUUUCCGCCCCGCGUUUGACCAAGGUGGAGCGCGUCGAGGCCCCAGUUGCUGCUGUUGCUGGAGAUGAUGAUGGAUUUGCAACUGUAGGCCGUGGUGGAAAGACCCUCCAGUACACUCCGGAGAGCAUCUUGAAGCACCUACGCGUCAUUGUUGAGUCCCGAGGAAAGAAGAACACAGACCGCCUUGAGCAGAUCAAGACUAUGGAGAAGCUCUUGGAGGUCGCCCAGAAUCCCUACCAACGCAUCCGUAUUUACCUUACUCUUAUCUCCACCCGUUUCGACCUGACCUCUUCAUCUUCUGCCGCCUACAUGGGCGUUGAUCAAUGGAAGCUCGCAGAACAGGAAUUCGCCACUCUCCUUUCCGUUCUGGAGAACAACCGCGACUACGUGGUCGCCGAGGGAGCCGAGGAAUGGGAGGAUGACGAGAAGCAGCCCCAGGCUGCUGCUGGCGAGAAGCUUUACAUUCCCGGCAGCAUUGUCUCAUACGUCGAGAGGCUGGAUGACGAACUCACCAGGUCUCUGCAGCACAUCGACCCCCACACCGCUGAAUAUAUUGACCGCCUGAGUGACGAGAAGCAGCUCUACACCAACCUUGUGCGAACUCAGAUCUACAUCGAAGCCCUGAUCCAAUUGGAGAAGACCGACCCUCGCCAGGACAGCUUGAACAGAGUAGUGAUGAGGAGGCUGGAACACAUCUACUUCAAGCCUUCCCAGGUUGUUACAAUCUUGGAGGAUGCUACCUGGAAGGCUCUUCCCGCCGAGUUGGACUCCACCAUCACCCUCCGUGGCAACACCGGCGACAUCACCGCUCUUGUCCAGACCCUGUGCAACUAUUUGUUCAAGGAAAGCGAUGGCAUUAUCAGAGCUCGCUCCAUGCUGUGCCAGAUUUACUUCCUCGCGCUCCAUGACCAGUACUUCCGUUCUCGCGACCUGAUGCUGAUGUCUCACCUGUCUGAGAACAUUGCCAACUUCGACGUCAGCUCCCAAAUUCUCUUCAACAGGACCUUGGUCCAGAUUGGUCUCUGUGCUUUCCGCGCCGGCCUUAUCUACGAGGCUCAGAAUACCCUCUCUGAGAUCUGCGGCAGCGGACGCCAAAAAGAGCUGCUUGCUCAGGGUAUCAUCCUCCAGCGCUACUCUACUGUUUCUCCCGAACAAGAGCGUCUCGAGCGUCAGCGUCAGCUCCCAUUCCACAUGCACAUCAACCUUGAGCUCCUUGAGUGCAUUUACCUCACCUCCAGCAUGUUCCUUGAGGUUCCUCUGAUGGCCCAGACUUCUUCAUCGCCCGAAAUGAAGCGCCGUGUCAUCUCCAAGACCUUCCGACGCAUGCUCGAUUACAACGAGCGCCAGGUCUUCACUGGUCCCGCAGAGAACACCCGCGAUGGUGUCAUCAUGAGUGCUAAGUUCCUUGCCGCUGGUGACUGGAAGAAGGCCGCCGAGAUGCUCAACUCCAUUAAGAUUUGGGAUCUCAUGCCACAACCAGAGAAGAUUAAGGAGAUGCUCUCCCACCAGAUCCAGGAAGAGGGUCUGCGCACAUACCUCUUCACAUAUGCUCCCUUCUACGACAGCCUUUCCAUCUCCACCCUCGCCAACAUGUUCGAGCUUUCCGAGAAGAAGAUCGCUGCUAUCAUCAGCCGCAUGAUCUCUCACGAAGAGCUGGCCGCUGCUCUUGACCAGGUCAACAACGCCAUCGUCUUCCGCAAGGGUGUCGAGCUGUCGCGCCUCCAGUCCCAGAUUGUAACCCUCGCCGACAAGUCCAUGAACCUCCUCGAGGCCAACGAGAAGACUCUCGAACAACGGACGCAAGGCAUGGCCAAUGCCUUCCAGCGCGAUCAGGGCGCUGGCGCCCGUGGUGGUCGUGGACAGGGACGUGGUGGCCAACCUCGCGGCGGGCCUAGAAUCCCUGGAGGUCAGCAGGGUCGCCGACCGGGUGGACAACAAUUCGGUGGUGGUGCAUUGGGCGGAGCAAUCAAGGCAUAAAAAAACGUGUUUUGUUAAGUUAAUGGCAUUUCUUUAUUUUUUAUGGUUCUAAUGCUCUCUCUCUCUCUAUCUCUCUCCCGAUUGGAAUUUUCUUUGCUACGUACCGUAUGACCAUUCCCAUGUGUUCUUACUCUUCUUCAUCAUGGUUGUCUACUUUUAUUGUCCUCGGAGGAAUUACCGGGAAACUCCUCAUCUUUCGUACUUUCUCUAUACAUACAGAUGAAGAUUCAUGUUCCGAAUAAAUAAAUCAGGGAAAUAAAAUAAAACGAAUUACUGAAAGACAUACACAUCCAUACACACACGACGUGUGAUAUAUGAAGAAUAGGUAGAUGAUAGUGAGGGGGGAAUAAUGAUGAUUAGCUCAAGC